AUGCCUCGAAAAUCACUGAUAUUCCUCGGGAAGCAGCUGAGAAAUCCGAUCGGAUUGGCAGCCGGCUUUGAUAAGAACGGUGAGGCAAUUCGUCCUUUGGCGGAAUGGUCCGGUUUCGGCCUCAUCGAGAUCGGCACUGUCACACCUAUACCGCAGCAGGGUAACCCACGGCCACGGGUAUUUCGGCUUUUAGAAGACGAGGGAAUUAUCAAUCGCUGUGGUUCCAACAGUGACGGAGUGGGUCGCGUACAACAACGGGUAAAAGCUGCUCGAGACGAAUGGAAUGACAAUCUGGCGAUGCUUGGUGUAAAUAUAGGAAAAAAUAUGCUCUGUGAUGAGGCCAAACUCGACUUCGAGAUUGGUGUCAAUUAUUUUGCGGCGUAUAGUGAUUACGUGGUUAUCAAUGUGUCCUCUCCUAGCACUCCCAAUUUACGAUCUAUGCAAAAGAAAUCGGGUUUACAAAAUUUACUAACCUAUGUGAAACAUGCCAUUGACGUUAUGGAAUUAAAUCCACGCCCAAAACUGCUGCUCAAAAUUGCUCCUGAUCUCACAGAAUCCGAGAAAAAAGAUAUUGCCCAGGUAGUUUUGGAUUCGAAAUAUGGUAUUGACGGUUUGAUAGUUACAAAUACAACAAUUGCUCGUCCAGAUAGCCUUCGAAGUGCGAAUAAAGUUGAAUCCGGUGGUCUUAGUGGUGCGCCGCUUCGUGAAAUGAGCACUGAAUGUGUUCGAGAGAUGUACAGAUUCACCAAUGGACGAGUACCCAUUGUAGGAUGCGGCGGUGUUUCAAGCGGCGCUGAUGCAUACGAGAAGAUUCGAGCUGGAGCAUCAGUUGUGCAACUCUACUCAGCACUGGCAUAUCACGGAUUCCCUGUUGUUGGGAAGGUAUGCUCCAAUUACAACCAAUUUUUACCCUUUGAAAAUAAACUAAAGAGUCAAAUAAAAGGAGCAAGGAGGCCUUCGCGUGACUGCUGGAUAUCCACAUCCCCCACCUCCGCAAGGUCGUAG